AUGAUCAAAUUCAUUCUUGUGCAGAACCGACAAGGGAAAACGAGACUUUCGAAAUGGUAUUCACCAUAUGACGAUGAUGAAAAGGUCCGAUUGAGAGGAGAAGUUCAUCGUCUGAUAGCACCUAGAGAUCAGAAAUACCAAUCUAACUUUGUCGAGUUCCGAAACGACAAGAUCGUCUACCGACGAUACGCCGGACUCUUCUUUUGCGUAUGUGUGGAUUCGAACGAUAACGAAUUAGCCUAUCUGGAAGCUAUCCAUCUGUUCGUGGAGGUGUUAGAUGCUUUCUUCCAAAAUGUCUGCGAAUUAGAUCUGGUAUUCUCAUUCUACAAGGUCUACGCAAUUCUCGAUGAAGUGUUCUUGGCAGGAGAGAUUGAAGAGACUUCCAAGCAGGUCGUACUGGAUAGACUCGAUUAUUUGGAAAAACUAGAAUAG